AUGUCUGCCAAGCUCGUCUGCAGUCCUCCACUGGGCCAGACGACUAUCGUCCCGGCUAAUGCUGAAUCUGUCGUCAUCACCGCCUGCAUCGAAACCGAGGCAGCAUCCGAGAAGUCAUGGGAGAUUGCUUUAUGGUGCAAUCAUGCCAACUCAGACCGUUGGAAGAGCUUUGAGAUGAAGGAGACGGAGGAGCACGCGGAUACGCUUGUGGUUCGACAGAACGCCCAAGCUGGCCUUCGUCGGCACUGGUUCAGCGUAUGCUUGACACCACGACCAAAGCCGACCAAGGCUGUGUCGUUCACGCUCAAGUUCCGCGCCAAGGGAGACGAGGAUUGGCAGUGGGCGAACGAGCGAUUGAGCACUGGGGAUGGCCAACUCAUUUUCGAACCGGAGACGGUCAGCGAGCAAGAGAUUUCCUUCUACAUCUAUGGAACGAGCUCCGACUUUUCUGUUAGAAAGGAGGCCAGCGAAACUUCGGACACCCUACUCUGGUCUCUAGAGGCGCCAGUUGAAGCAGCAUCAGGGGAAACCUCCGGCUGCUCUGACCACAGGUUCGGUACUGUCACCAACUUCAGCAGAUGGUUUGCUCUUGUUCGGCUGUGGAGUCCAUGGCUUGCCCCACGGCAUGGAAAGGACUUUUACUCGCCGGACAAGGAUGCAAUCCUAUCCGCGUUUCUGCGGCAUGAUGGAUUGCACGUUGUCGCGCUCGCAGUCAGCGGCGUUGACGAUGUUCUGACUACGUUCGCCCAUGACAAUCAAGGCAACGUAGUCGUCAAGGCGUCUAAUGACAGCGAGAAAGAGGGCACCGCACGCGUCAUCGUUGCCGUUGCCAAGUCUUUCGAGAUCGCCAAUGCGUCGGUAAUGUACCAUGCCCGCAAGAUAAUCACCCGGUACGAACAGGAGAGCGAAGAGCUCAAAGCCGAACUCGAAGCCAUGGAGAAGAAAGACCUGAAAGGCCAGUGGCUCGAAGACUGGUACGACGGACUCUCCUACUGCACCUGGAACGGUCUCGGCCAGAACCUGACCGAAGAAAAGAUCCACGCCGCGCUUGCCUCCCUAGAGAAAAACAACGUCAACAUUACAAACUUAAUAAUCGACGACAACUGGCAAUCCCUCGACCACGAAGGCGGCGGGCAGUUCCAACGCGGCUGGCUAGAGUUCGAAGCCAACAAGGCCGGCUUCCCCAACGGCCUCAAAAGCGCCGUCACCAAGAUCCGCGACGACCACAAAAACAUCGUCCACGUCGCCGUCUGGCAUGCUCUCAUGGGCUACUGGGGCGGCAUCUCGCCCGACGGCCAAAUCGCCAAAGACUACAAAACCACCCCCGUGCGCAACAAGCCCGGCGUCACCGCGCGCGAGAUGCUCGUCGUCGACGCCCCGGACAUCAACCGCAUGUAUCUCGACUUCUACCGCUUCCUCGAGCGAUGCGGGAUCUCGUCCGUAAAGACGGACGCGCAGUUCGCGCUCGACGAGCUGGCCUCGGCAGUCGACCGACGACGCCUCACCCGCGCGUUCCAGGACGCCUGGACGCUCAACAGCCUGCGCGUCUUCUACGGCCACGCCAUCAGCUGCAUGUCGCAGCUCCCGCAGAUCCUGUUCCACAGCCAGAUGCCGACGAACAAGCCCCGCCUCCUCGUCCGAAACUCGGAUGACUUUUUUCCGGACCAGCCGGCCUCUCACCCCUGGCAUGUUUUCUGCAACGCGCACAAUAGCCUGCUGACGCAACAUCUGAAUGUGCUGCCUGAUUGGGACAUGUUCCAGACGGCGCAUCCGUGGGCGAGGUUCCAUGGCGCGGCGCGGUGUAUCUCGGGUGGGCCGAUCUACAUCACUGAUGUUCCCGGCGAGCACGACAUCGACCUCAUCAACGAGAUGACGGCGCAGACGCCGCGCGGCAACACUGUGAUUCUACGGCCGCACGUGGUGGGCAGGACGAUCAACGCCUACGUCGGCUACGACGAGGCGGCGCUGCUGAAGGUCGGGACGUAUGUGGGGAUGCAGAAGACGGGGACGGGGAUCUUGGGCGUCUUCAAUACCACGCAACGUCCGCUCAGGGAUCUGGUCCGCCUGGAAGAGUUCCCUGGCACGGAAGUCGGGGCGUAUGUUGUCCGAGCCCACUCGACCGGCCAGGUCAGCGCGCCGCUGAGCCGGCAGCGGAAGGACAAGCCUGGUCUCGUGAGCGUCGAGGUUGGGGUGCAGGGCUGGGAGAUCUUGUCCGCGUUCGCACUGCGCAGCUUUGAGCUCAAGAGAAGUAGCCCCGCAAAGGGCAGCUCGUCGAUCACGGUUGCCAAUCUGGGGUUGCUGGGGAAGAUGACGGGCUCGGCGGCGGUGGUUAACACGGAGAUCUAUGUCGAGCAGAGGGGGAGGCUGCAUUUCUGGACCAGCUUGAAGGCGCUGGGGACGUUCGGGCUGUAUGUCUCGGAUCUGGAAAACAGGUCGCUGGAAGAUGACUUCAUGGCGCUUCUGUUCGGCAGGCCGAUAGAGAUGCACUGCGUCACGAUAUCGAGCGCCUGCAAGAACGUGCUCGAGAUUGACGUUGCGAGGGCGUGGAAGGAGUCGGAGCAGAGGGCGGGAUGGAGCAAUGAGGUGGCGAUUGAGGUGCUAAUCCGCUGA